AUGGCUGACCAUCAAGGUGGUUCCACUAAGAGUCUUCUUGGCGGCCUUCAACACCAUGCCCCAAAUCCGGCCCAGCUCGUUGGAUUUCUCACCCGCAUCUUCUCGGGUGGCGUCCUUCUCAUGCUAUCCGGCCUGACCAUCAGUGGACUUAUUAUGGGUCUGAUUGUUUUCGCACCCGUCAUUCUUGUUACUGGUCCUCUUUGGUUUCCAGCUGCGGUUGUGCUCUUUAUUGCUGCUGCUGUGAUAGUGUCCACUUGCGGUGUUGGUGUUGCCGUUCUGGCUGCUGUGACUUGGUUGUACAGGUACUUUACUGGCAAACAUCCUUUGGGCACUGACCGCCUUGAUUAUGCGCGUAGCCGCAUUGCCAUGGUUAUCUGCAGAGCCGUGUUAAGGAUGCUGCACCUGGGGCUUAAUUAGUCCU